AUGUGUGGUGUAAUCGGCUUGAUCUUGGGUCACGUCAGUGACGACCCCAAUUCCCCAUGCAAAGCUGCAGUUGCGCUUCAUGAGGCUUUGUACUUCUUGCAACAUAGAGGCCAAGAUGCAUGCGGUAUAGCAACUUGCGCCGCUGGCGGCCGCAUAUACCAAUGCAAGGGUAAUGGAAUGGCCGCCAAAGUAUUUGGUGAUGGCAUGAGGGUUCAGGACUUGCCUGGUUCGAUGGGUAUUGGACAUCUACGUUAUCCAACAGCAGGCACUUCGUCGAAUGCCGAGUCACAACCGUUUGCCCAUAACGGAAAUCUCAUCAAUGCCCCCGAGUUACGUCGGUAUCUUGACACUGUCGCCCAUCGACAUAUCAACACAGAUAGCGACAGCGAACUCAUGCUCAAUGUGUUUGCGAAUGAACUGAAUGAAACCGGAAAGGCUAGAGUUAACACGGAUGACAUAUUCACCUCCUUAGGCCGAAUGUACGAUCGUUGUUCGGGCGGUUGGGCUUGUACUGCCAUGAUUGCAGGAUUCGGUGUUUUGGGCUUCCGCGAUUCUUAUGGAAUCAGACCCUUAGUUCUUGGAGAAAAAGAGUCAGAAACUCUUCCAGGUGCAAAAGAUUAUAUGCUUGCAUCAGAGUCUAUUGCCCUACGCCAACUUGGUUUCCGUAAUAUUCGAGAUAUCUUACCCGGCCAGGCCGUUUUUAUUCAGAAGGGCCGAGCACCUGUUUUCCACCAGGUUCAAAAACCGAAGGCUUACUCGCCUGAUAUUUUUGAAUAUGUUUACUUUGCACGACCUGAUACGAUCAUGGAUGGCAUCAGUGUUCACGCUUCCCGACAGCGAAUGGGUUAUAAACUAGCCGAUAAAAUACGAGAGCUUCUUGGAGAUGAAGCAAUUAAAGACAUCGAUGCUGUUAUUCCGAUACCCGAGACAUCGAACACGGCAGCUGCAAGCGUCUCCGAACAACUGGGCAAGCCUUACUGUCAAGGUUUUGUCAAGAACAGAUAUGUUUUCAGGACGUUCAUUAUGCCACAACAAGGAGCUCGCCAGAAAGGAGUUAGAAGGAAGCUUAGCGCUAUCCAAACCGAAUUCGAAGGACGAUGUGUUCUGCUUGUGGACGAUUCGAUCGUAAGAGGAACAACCAGCAAGGAGAUCGUGGCUAUGGCACGAGAGGCUGGCGCGCGGAAAGUAAUAUUUGCUAGUUGUGCUCCGCCUAUCACCGCACCGCACAUCUACGGUAUUGACUUGGCUAGUCCCAUGGAAUUGAUUGCUUCCGGCAAAGACCGUUUUGCCAUCGCCAAAAGUAUUGAUGCAGAGGAAGUAAUAUAUCAAGAUCUCGAUGACCUCAAGGCAUCCUGUGCAGAACUUGCACAACCAGAUGGCCCUACUCAAUUUGAGGUUGGUGUAUUCUGUGGCAAGUAUAUUACGCCGGUCCCGGAAGGUUACUUCGAGCAUUUGAACCAAUUGCGCGGCACGAAACGAAAGCAUGCUACACAUGCACAAAUUUCUAACAGUGGCCCAACGAUAGUUGCAGGGGGUAGCCUAACUGACACGAAUGGCUCAACAUUACAUGUUACGGCACAAGGAGCCGAGAAGGAGUCGGCUGAGAAGCUGAGAAAUGGUACUAUUUCACCUUUAAUUCGGGAAGAUAUUAGCCUCCACAACGUGGCCACUGAACCUGAGCGACGAUGA